AUCGCCAGCUGACUCCUCCGCCCGUCUCACUCUUGUGCUAACGAUAUCUCCGUCUUCCCUGUGUGUACUUGAAUAUUUCCUUGGCAGACACAAUGGGUGGUGCAGGAUGGCUCUUCCUCUUCUCGGUCCUUAUGGCUGCUGGGCUUCUGUUCACGAUGGUCUUCUUCAUCAUCAUGUUCUCCGAUCUGGAGUGCGACUACAUCAAUCCUAUAGACCUCUGCAAUAAGCUCAACCAAUUUGUCCUUCCCGAAAACAUUGCGCACGCCUUCCUCUCUCUCCUCUUCCUCCUUUCUGGCCAAUGGAUAGCGUUCCUCCUCAAUGCACCACUACUGGCGUUCAACAUAAACAAGAUACGGGGCGGGAAUCACAUGUACGACGCAACGGAAAUCUUCCGCACGUUACCAAGUCACAAGAAAGAGAGCUUCAUCAAGCUGGGGUUCUAUCUCCUCAGCUUCUUCUACUACCUCUACAGAAUGAUUCUCGCACUCAUCCAAGAGAGCGAAUGAGUUCUCGGAAGGGUGUCUGCCUCACCGUACCGUCUCCUCCUGUCCGUUCAAGGUCCUUGAUCCCAACACCAUGCGCUCGAGUCUUCUGAGUCUCGCAACACCUCCGUCAACGCUGUUCACGCUUCAUGAUAACUUCCUCGACGCUCGACAAUCCACUUCACGCCACGCCCUUCACGACCUUCGAUGGAGGGGAGCACUCAGAGACUCAUGCGCGAGGUUCGGUUUCAAGGAUAACGUAUUGGCUUCGGGGACGGGUGUGCUGGCAGAGGGCGUGGAUGAUCUAGGCGGCGGGGGUUCGGAAAACGAGGUGACGGGGAGCAGGGAGGGGGCGAGGCGGACUGGACGAGCGAUUGGUUUGGACGCCUGUUCACUGAUCUUACUGCUACUACUCAUCAUCAAUGUUCCUGCUCU